AUGGCGGGGUGCCUUGCCCGGGCCGCAGCGCCCAUGGCCGACCCUCUCCUUGCAGUGACCUCGCAGACGGCCACUGGUGCCCAGCGCCGAGAGGAGCCGCUCCGUGGGCAUGGGCAGAAGGACAGAGCCUCUCCAGACCCACAGCACUCCUUGCUGGAGGCACUCUCCUUGCUCAGCAGCGAUGACUGGGAGCUGAAGGAGGAGGGACUCUACAACAUCAAACACCUGGCUGGGUCCCAUUCAGAGGUCCUGCUUUCCAGACUUCAUGACAUUUGCUUGGCAGUUACCAACGAGGUGGCCAACCUCCGUUCCAAGGUGUCCUACUCUGCAAUUGUCACUCUGGGAGAGCUCUUUGUGACCUUGAAGAAGAACAUGGACUCUGAGGUGGAUGAGGUUGCUCGGGUCCUUCUGCAGAUGGUGUCCAACUCCCCAGAAUUUGUUCAGAAAGCAGCCAGUCAGACCCUGGGGAUCAUGGUGGAGAAUGUGACUCCUGCACGAGCAAUGACUGCUCUCAUGGACAUGGGAGUCAAGUAGGUUGUUCUUCUUUUAGUGAUAUUCUUCACCUUCUAGUGUGUGGGAGGGAGAAGGGAUGAGACAGAGAAUGGGAAUGCUGAGAGGGAAGGGUCCUGUAUGCUGCAUCUUCUGUGAACUCAGUGACUUCAUUCUCCAAUCAACAUCAUUUCUCUCUUCUUGUCACCUGUUUCUGCCCUCCUGCAGCCUAUUAGUUCUCAGAAUCCCAGAACUUUAGAAUAUGGGGAGUUGGAAGGGGCCCAUCAGGACCAUUGAGUCCACUCCUGGCCUUGCACAGAACAACCCAAGGGUCACACCAAGUGCCUGAGAUUGUUGUCCAAAUGUUUCUUCAACUCUGUCAGGCUUGGUGCUGUGACCACUGCCCUGGGAGCCUGUUCCAGUGCCCAACCACCGUCUGGGUGAAAAACCUUUUUCCUGAUACCCAAAUGAAAGGUCCUCUGACUCAGCUUCCUGCUGCUUCCUGGAGUUCUCCCAGGCUGUCAGAUUUUCCUAGCUGUGGUGA